AUGGCAUUCAUGAGGGAGUGCUGGCCAAGGAGACCGUUUCGUCGCCAAAGCUUUAGAUUGGUGGGUGAGACCCUUGAGCAGUCGCUUCAAAAAGUGCCCGGCCUCCUGGCCCCGAUUGCAGCACCAAGUGAUGUGCUGGCCGGGUCUUUGCAUCGCGUCAUCGACGAGGAGCCUCCUCUCCAGCCGUCGCACCUUUUUCGGCAUCACUCCUCUCCGGCUGAACUGGCAUCUCUGGCUUCUGGACAGGCGCUGCACAAGCAGCCGACUCCGGAACACAAGGCAUGGCUCGUUUUCCUUUUCGUUCUGCUCGAUGCAUCGAAGAGCAUUGCCGUCAGUCAUGCCGCAGUUCAUGGCCGGAUGUGUGCGCCCUUGGUCAUUGCGUGGAAGAAUGCGCUGUCAAUAGGUCUGGGCCUGGCGCUGGCAUUGGGUCGCGACGGCCUGCCCGGUUUCCGAAACUGCUUGGCCAUGCGCCGAGGAUUUCAGGUGUUGCCCAUUGCUGCGGCUUUUGGCUUUGCUCAGCUGUGCGCCAUGAAGGCGCUCCGGUUUUACGACGCUGGCAGUCUGAAGGUGAUCGCGCAGGUCAACCUCCCACUAACAGCACUGCUUUCGUGGCUGCUUCUCGAUCGACGCUAUUCCGCACAGAAGUGGUUAGCAGUGGGUCUGAUGUUGGUUACCAACGUGGCCUUCCUGCAGGUUCGGAUGCUUGUACUUCAACCGCAGAGCUGCAGAGAGGAGCUGUGUGAUGACUCCCUAUUCAGGAUCGCACCCAAAGUUUUGGGCAUGUUCUACUUCUUGCUUGGAAUCGCUGUUUCCUGCUCUGCUUCGAUCUUUGCUGAAAAAUUCUUGAAGAAGUGGCCUGAAGAGCCGUUCUACAUUCUGAAGACAAACCUCAUGAUAGGGGAACUGAUCCUUGCAGUGCUGGGCGUCAUCAACAAUUUCUCGAAAGAGGACAGUGCAGACGAAGACAACGACUCCUGCUCUUGGGACCAGUUCCACGACUGGAGGAGACAACUGCCGGUUGUCCUCGUGUGGCUUCUUCACGGCUGGAUUGCUGGCCUUUUGGUCAAGCGAUGUUCAGCCCUGGUGAAGAAUGUGUCACACAUUCUGUCUACUCUUGCAACGUAUGGGUAUGCGCUGCUUACGCAUGCGCUGCCGUUCUCGUGGCCGGUAACACAGGCCGGCGUGCUGGUGCUUUUGGCAGUGCUGAACUUCGCAUCAACUAGCGACCAGCGCGGCCACAAGGAGUCCAGGCGGAAGCGGUCAAGAUCGGUGGACGGCUUGUGCCCGCUUUGGCCGCCAAUGCCGCGAAAGCCGCAGCGCAGCACGACGAAUGCAGCUGAACGCAGCGACGAGGACAUCCUUCGCCAGCGCCGGCGGAUCGAAGCAGUGCAGACUGCAGAUUUUAUUAUGCUUUUACUCUCUUGGCAUCUUUGGCUUUUGGCACUGAUUUGGUUGGUGGCUUUCGCCGAGCUUGCUACUGCCAAGCAGAGUCGGUAUGCUGGCUUAGAGAGCAGCCCUGUCGUCCUCUUUAGCUGCGGACAACUUUGCGGCUCCCUCUCCAGAUUGACGCCAAAUGGCGAGUGGCCUGCCUGGCGGAAGCCCUGGUACCUGGCAUGGGUCGUGGUGCUGGGCGUCAUGGCCGUCAGCUGCGUGCAGAACUCCGCGCUUGUGGCGGGCGGACUUUGUGGGCUGCUGGCUGCAGCGAUGGCCUGGGCCUGUCCUGCAGGGGCAGGAUCUGCCCAGCAACCCAAGGCGCCCGAUGCUUCCCUCGGACGCGGGCUCGUCAUGAUAGAUGGGAUGACUGGUCUUUUGCUGGCUGCGCGGCAGCUAAGCACCGUGCUAUGGCAAUCUGGGCUGGAGGUGCUAGCGGCUUCCAUCACGGCAUUGCCAUUACUGAUGUUUUCAGUGGCGCUGAUGUUCUCGUCUUCUGACAGUUCUUCGCUGCUGGUGUCUGUACCAUCGGCCAUGUUGCACCUGGCAGCAGCAGCCGCCUAUUCUGUAUUGUCCAUGAACGAUUGGACAGCCGUGGCCGUUCUCACGCUUGCCUUGAUGGCUCAUUUGACCCUGUACUUGCCACUGCCACUCAAUGAUCCUGAGAGCAACCCUUUCUACACGUCUCUGCGACGUGUGCGACAUCAAUUUGUGCGCUUUCUGGCACAACCCGUUUCUGGUUUCGGCGACGAAAGCUCCUGA